AUGGCCCUCUCUAAGCACCUCAACGCCGACCGCCUCAUCCAGGCGUCCAAGGACCACAAGGCGCCUGGCGCUCAUAGCUCGACCGACCACCAUGCUGUUCACGGUUACGGCGCUCGCUAUGGCACCGAGCCCAUUCCCAAGUAUAGGCUCCCAUCCAAGGGCACCGAUGCAGAGGCAACGUACCAACUACUCCACGACGAGCUGACCCUCGACGGCAACCCGGCCCUCAACCUUGCGUCCUUUGUCCACACAUGGAUGCCCAAGCAAGCAGACCAGCUCAUGAUGGAAAACAUCUCCAAAAAUCUCAUCGAUCAGGAUGAGUACCCCAUGACACAGGUUAUCCACACGCGCUGUGUUUCUAUACUUGCCGACCUGUGGCAUGCGCCGUCUACCCAGCAGGCUAUUGGCACGGCGACCACCGGUUCCUCUGAGGCUAUACAGCUCGGAGGUCUGGCCAUGAAGCGCCUCUGGCAAGAGAAGCGCAAGGCCGCUGGCAAGUCUAUACAUGAGCCCGGUCCGAACAUCGUCAUGGGUGCCAACGCUCAGGUCGCGCUCGAGAAAUUCGCGCGCUACUUCGACGUCGAGAUGCGCCUUGUCCCUAUCUCCGAGGAGAGCCACUACCGGCUUGAUCCCAAGAGGGCUAUGCAGUAUGUGGACGAGAACACGAUUGGCGUCUACGUCAUCCUCGGAAGCACAUACACCGGCCAUUACGAGCCUGUGAAGGAGAUGGCGGACCUGCUUGACGAGUACGAGGCCCGUACCGGCAACUCUGUGCCCAUUCAUGUCGAUGCGGCUUCUGGCGGUUUCAUCGCCCCCUUCGCUACUCCCAAGCUCGAGUGGGAUUUCAAGAUCCCGCGUGUUGUCUCCAUCAACACGUCUGGCCACAAGUUCGGUCUCUCCUACGUCGGCGUGGGCUGGGUCGUUUGGCGGUCGAAGCAAUUCCUUCCCAAGGACCUCAUCUUCGAGCUGCACUACCUUGGCUCCGUUGAAUAUUCGUUCUCCCUCAACUUCUCGCGCCCUGCACACCCCAUCAUCGCGCAGUACUUCAAUUUCGUGCACUUGGGCUUCGAAGGGUACCGAAAUGUCGCGCUCCAAGAUUUGGCGAACGCAAGGCUCCUUAGCCGCGCUCUCGAGAAGAGUGGUCUGUUCUACGUUCUGAGUGACAUCCACCGGCCUCAGACUGUAGGUGCUCUCGCAUCAGCUGCCCAAAAGACCGUUGGCAUAAACGAGGCGAAUGUCGAGAACUACUCUCCUGGCUUGCCCGUGGUAUCGUUCAGGUUUACAGACGAAUUCCGCCAGCAGAACCCCGACAUCCAACAGAAGUGGGUCCAGGUCCUUCUUCGUGCGAAGGGCUGGAUCGUACCCAACUACGAGCUGGCACCCGAUUUGGAGAGCGUGGAGAUCCUCCGCGUUGUCGUCCGCGAGAACUUGAGCGCUGUUAUGAUCGACCGACUUGUUGCAGACAUCAUUGAGAUUGUCGAAGGUCUCGUGAAGUCGGAUACCCCCACCCAUGCGCUUAGUAAGAUGUCCAGUGGUGUCACGACCGCCGAACAUCAUCAUGGUGGGCUGGACAAAGGCUCUGGAAGCAAGUCCAGCGGCACGUACGCUAAGCAGUGCUAA